AUGCAAACGGGUAGCGAGAUUGGCAGCGCGGGAGUGGUAGAGCAGGCUCGGGAAGAUGGGCACAUGCCGAGGUCAAGGGGAUACUGCAGCGCCUUCCGCGCGCCGGACGCACUGAGCUCCGCGUACUCAGUCCAGCUAAAGGUCGCGUUUGCCGGUAAUGUAGGCACCCGGGGGCGGCACGGUGGCGUCGUUGGCGAUCAGCAUCUUGCGGCUGCUGUCCCGCUGGUGGGCCUCGGGCGCCUGUAG